AUGUUUUCCUCAUGCUGCCAUAUCUUGUAUUACAGGCCUCUGGCUGGUAAGGAGGGCACUCGGGAGGACACUGCCCACAUUGCAGGCAUGCCUGUCCCUGCCCUUCACACCCCCAUCAUGAUUCAUGAUGACUGCUUGGGGAGGGCCUGACACCUCAAAAGGCCAAGAGUGCAUACAGAUCCAGUCUUCAUCCAGACCUGAAAAGACCCAGGCUCCAGCUGCUGGCCUCCUGCUGCCCCUCAGGCCACCUGCACAGGAAAUUCCAGGGGUGGGUUGGUCCCACUGCCAGUGCCAUGGCCUACAGUGCUAGGCAGCCCCUCAGUUAGCUAGACGAAGUUCUCCAUGAAUCCUUCCCAGAAAGUCCUGUUCCAGCCUGGGACAACGUCCCCAUGACCCUCAUGGCACUGCUGGCUUGUCAUGUCAGCUAUGUUACCUUACUACUCCUCGUGGUGGUCAUUACGUUGGGGCAUUGACUCACAGCCUUAUCACCAUGCUCCCAGUACACAGCUCAGCACCCAGUACAAUCCAUACCUCCAACUUGGGUGGAGCUCCCAUGCCAGGCCACCUCUCGCCCACCACCCUAACCUGGGUAGGCAACUAGAGCGAGCAGGGGCAAGGACCUCUGCAGCAGCCCAUACCCGCCCUGGCCUGACCCUGCACCCACUGGCAGCGCAGUCAACACAGCAUGUUGGCUCACAGCAGAAGGCAAAGGCCAUCAUCAGCUCCCUUUAUAAGGGAACGGUCAUGCACUUGGUGUGCUGAGAGUGUCCUGCCUGGUCCUCUGUGCCUGGUGGGGUGGAGGUGCCAGGUGUGUCCAGAGGAGCCCAGUGGGCAGUAAGGCAGCCAUGGGGCUGGAUGCACUGGUGCCCCUGGCAGUGACAGUGCCCAUCUUCCUGCUCCUGGUGGACCUGAUGCACCGGCACCAACACUGGACUGCACGCUACCCGCCAGGCCCCCUGCCACUGCCUGGGCUGGGCAACUUGCUGCAUGUGGACUUCCAGAACAUACACACCUUCAACCAGCUGCGGCACCGCUUCGGGGACGUGUUCAGCCUGCAGCUGGCCUGGACGCCGGUGGUCGUGCUCAAUGGGCUGGCGGCCGUGCGCGAGGCGCUGGUGACCUGCGGCAAGGACACCGCCGACCGCCCGCCUGCGCCCAUCUCCCAGGUCCUUGCUCCCAAGGCAAGCGGGGUGAUCCUGGCGCGCUAUGGGCCCGCGUGGCGCGAGCAGAGGCGCUUCUCCGUGUCCACCUUGCGCAACUUGGGCCUGGGCAAGAAGUCGCUGGAGCAGUGGGUGACCGAGGAGGCCGCCUGCCUCUGUGCCGCCUUCGCCGACCAAGCCGGACGCCCCUUUCGCCCCAACGGCCUCCUGAACAAAGCGGCGAGCAACGUGAUCGCCUCCCUCACCUGCGGGCGCCGCUUCGAGUACGACGACCCUCGCUUCCUCAGGCUGCUGGACCUAGCUCAGGAGGGAUCGAAGGAGGAGCUGGGCUUCCUGCGCGAGGUGCUGAAUGUUGUCCCCCUCCUCCUGCGCAUCCCAGGGCUGGCUGGCAAGGUCCUACGCUCCCAAAAGGCUUUCCUGACCCAGCUGGAUGAGCUGCUGACCGAGCACAGAAUGACCUGGGACCCAGCCCGAGACCUGACUGAGGCCUUCCUGGCAGAGAUGGAGAAGGCCAAGGGGAACCCUGAGAGCAGCUUCAAUGAUGAGAACCUGCGCAUGGUGGUGGCUGACCUGUUCUUUGCCGGGAUGGUGACCACCUCCAUCACGCUGGCCUGGGGCCUCCUGCUCAUGAUCCUACACCCGGAUGUGCAGCGCCGUGUCCAACAGGAGAUCGACGACGUGAUAGGGCAGGUGCGGCGACCAGAGAUGGGUGACCAGGCUCGCAUGCCCUACACCACUGCCGUGAUUCAUGAGGUGCAGCGCUUUGGGGACAUGAUUCCCCUGGGUGUGACCCAUAUGACAUCCCGUGACAUCGAAGUACAGGGCUUCCGCAUCCCUAAGGAGACAACGCUCUUCACCAACCUGUCAUCGGUGCUGAAGGAUGAGGCCGUCUGGGAGAAGCCCUUCCUCUUCCACCCCGAACACUUCCUGGAUGCCCAGGGCCACUUUGUGAAGCCGGAGGCCUUCCUGCCUUUCUCAGCAGGCCGCCGCGCAUGCCUCGGGGAGCCCCUGGCCCGCAUGGAGCUCUUCCUCUUCUUCACCUCCCUGCUGCAGCACUUCAGCUUCUCCGUGCCCACCGGACAGCCCCGGCCCAGCCACUCUCGUGUCGUCAGCUUUCUGGUGACGCCAUCCCCCUACGAACUUUGUGCUGUGCCCCGCUAGAGUUGGGCAUCAAGCCCCCAACUUGUUCCUCAGCUGGGACCCUGUUGUACAAUAAAUUAGUCUAGUGGCUCCCA